AUGUUGGCGUUGGCAUGCUGUCAGUUCAUGCAAUCUUCAAGCCAGUUAUCUCGAGGCCGACCGGCGCAGGAAUCAGACGAAAACUUGGGAGCCAAGAGUGAAGACUCCUUGGUUCUCGAUGAUCAUGUGGUCACAGCCAGAUCUCCGUCGAGCUUGUAUAGGCACAGUACGCCGGACGACGACGGGAAGACCACGCAGGGUUUUCGUACAAGAAAUUUGCCUACGUAUGGUACAUGUACAUGUAGAGGAAGUCGAGCUGCGGUGACAUGGCGGGUCGUAGGGUCAUCACAAACACGAGUACGAGAGCAUUACAAAUCUAACUAUAAGCGAAGCACGAUGACAGCGACUCUGCGCUGCCUGUUUUUGCGCAUGAUUGUGCCUCUCUUCUCUGUUUUCUGUAGCAUUCUCACUGAUAUAGCGGGAAAUCCGCUCGGUCCAAUUAUGCCAUUCUUCGUGGAGGCAAAGCGGCGCAGCGCUCCCCUACGAUACGUAGCCGCAAGAGAGCGCAAGCAAGCGGUCGCGCCGCCAAGCGUUGCGUGCUCAACUUCACCGCCGGCUGAUUUCGUGGAUGAUAGAACACAGCAGACCGCAGGCUCUUCGUCCAGCGGAACCGGCAGUGCGAUAAUAGGAAACAACUCGACUUCUCCUCGUCCUCACUGGUCGUGGUGGGGCUCACACGAUCAAAGCGAAGAACCGGGUGGACCUGAUUUAGGGAAGGUUCUUUUUUCUAAUACGACUGGUUGGUCUAACCUCGGUGAGCCGCCUCAUAUAGACCCUAGCAAUUUAGUGAAAGAGGAGCGGCAGACGGACGCGAGAAAGGCAACUUCACAGAGGAUAGUGGGAUUAAGAUCUAGAGCAGCUCAGUCUUUUAUUUCGUCAUUUGCUGGCCCGUGCGGAAGUAGCGGAAACAAUGGUGGUGUUGAUGCUCGUACCAGCUGUAGUAGUUGUUCUGCUUCUGCUGCUAGUACUGCGACCCUUUCACAAGGAGGUACUGCAACCGCGAGUAUGUCUGCGUCAUCCACUGGCUCCGCGUUGAUUCGUGAUACAGCGCAUCAGCUUGCCUCAGAAUGGGGCAUGCGACUGGCGACUGUCGCUAAGCCCUCUGGAAUGGCAAUGCGCGGUCCGCUGAUGCAUCCGCAUUGUAGCUCGAGCUCCUUUUCAUCGAUGCACUUCUUCUCUCCCGUGGUUAACGCGGCUGAUACAUUCAUAUCGAGAGUCAUAGCAGCAGAGCGGCAGCGGCAAGCAGAGAGCAGCGAAAGGGAGAGGACAUUGGGAGAAGCAAUAGAUAAUCCGACAACCGAAACACGAGAAGAUGAAAAAAAAGGCGAGAAGGCAGACCUUCAAGCGGAAGGAGAAUCAGGUUACCCGAAAAUGGUGGCAUCGACAUACAACCAUGCUCAUGCUGCACUUACAAGAGAAGUCGACGCGACUUGUGAUUUCAGUACCCUUUCUACGGAGCGCGGUGCUCCUCAGACUUGUGGUGUUGCAGCCUCGUACUUCGCCAAAGCGGAAAAGAAUUCACCUUCUCGAAUAGGUAGUGUGGUAAAUGUUAAGGCUCGACCAUUUGGAGUACAACCGGAAGAUCAGGAUCACAGAGACGAUGUAGGCGACCACGUAAUCGGCAACUAUAGAUUAGUGCGACCUGCGUCCGGUAAAUUUCCGGCGGAAACAGCCGAAUCUAUGGAGGAUCUUGCCAGCAUUUUUCCACCACACGCAUCUCAAGCAACUGCCGAGCUAGAGGUUGGCUCAUCGAUGUCGAGUCCCUUUUCGGGCAACGAUGAAAACGCUGUAACCCAACGUGGAGGCUUUUUGCGACUAUCGCGGAUUGCUCAGUUGAGAUACAACAACGAUACUUCGGAGAUGCUGUGCUGCCAUAUUAACGAAGUAGAUUCGCUAACCGCGGGGGGAGAAAACUUUCCAGUCGAAUCAGUAAGGUGGAACCAGCUUGGUGCCGUGCCAUCUCCCGACACAUCGCAAGGCAAAAUGAGUUCAGGUACUGCAGACAAUCCUCUUGACUUGACUUGAUCGGUCUGUCGUACCAUUGUGGUUUUCUGUAUCUACUCUGUCUCUAAAAGGCUUGGAAAUAAAGAACAAGUAAGAUUGCGUCUUUCAAUAACUUCCUUCUCCGGGAUGUGAAGACAGCUUUCGGAAAGAGCCGCACUAGCUGUCGGAAGAGAACAACUAAGAUGCAGAUUGAAUUUCUGUGUACAUUGAAUACUGCGGAUCGAGAUACGUCUAAAUAAAUCAACACUCGAAAUCAGAUUACAGCACGGCGGCAUCUUCCUCUGCGUCUGCACGCAGUUUUUCUAAGGACGAAGCUGCACGUGUGCAACCUGGAAAUCUUGAGAAUCGGAGCCCUAGUACCUCGAUUUCUUGUCUGGCAGAGUCCUUAGAUGGUUCAGAGGACGUAGUAGGGAGAGCCGAGGAUCACGAUCAUCAGGACAGUGGAGGUCGCAGCCUCACAAAGCUCGGACAGCUCAUGAAGCGGGGUAAUGGCGAUACUAGUAGUGCAGGAAUUUCUACGAAGCUGCAAGUGGAACAGGAUCAGAGCGGCUCUAUGGUACUCUCAGGCGAGCAACCCAUUGUGAAUCACAUGUCUUGGAAGUACAACGGGGAUGUUGAGGGUGAUUACCACGUUGGGUGGAGUGGUCAUGGCUUGGCAAGAACAAUCGAGCACUCACCGCAGGAUGCUGCUAAAAUCGCAAGAAAAACAAGCGAGAACAGUUCUCGGCUGAACCCUCUCCAUCUUGCAAACGGAUACAACGCAUUUAGCAACGAUGACAACAUGUGCCUUCACAAUGGCGACGCAGCUAGACCUACUACUAGUUGCAGUAGCAAAAAUCUUGUCAGCGAUCAGUUUCGUUCUCAACCUUCUUGUAAUGAUGAGCCUGAAAAACUCCCUGCAUUUUUUGAGACAACAUCGUGCAGGUGCGCUUCUGUUGUCGAGAAAAGCAUCGGUCCCUCCGAUCCGCAAUCUCGUUGGGAAAUGUCCCCAAAGAAAGCCCCUGGUAACGAAGUCGCGGGCCGCAAGAAGGGCUGUUUUUUCGAAGGUGGCAGUCAGAACCGACAUCUGCAGCUUCGACCACUGCCAGACGAGAGUGAUGCGGAUAUUUUAUCUCCAGAACCCUCUUCACAACCUCUCCUGCAGCGAUCGCUUUCCACACCGACAGCUCAGCAGACGGCGCUGGCGCUACGCAGAAGACGAGCGCAAACGGAGCAGUUACAACGGUCUGUGUCACACGACGCUGACGGAGUAACGACGUACGUUUCGCGGAGUGCGCCGGUGUCUCCAGCGAUGGGCCACGUGCCAACCAUGGUACAAGAGUGGGAGAAUCGUAUUGGGACGACGAAGGGAGUCCCUGAUGCACCGCGUCAGUGGUCGAUCUAA